CACUCGGGCCACUCCUCGGCGGUGCGGCAGCCCGGGCCGGACUCCACUGCGCCUCUGAGGGGCUCAAACACACAUUCAAGAUCUGUGGCCACUUGUUCACAUGGUUUCGAGGCACAAUGAGGCAUGCUGGCUCUUGGAAACUCUGGCUCUGGGUGGCAGUGCUUCUGCUUCCGGCUUCCAUUUCCGUGACGGUCAGGGACAAGUCAGAAAGUCAGUGUCCUUUACUGAGAACAGAGGGACAUCAGUUUACCCAGGACAACAGAGAUAAGCUUGAAGUUUCAGGUUUUGACCUAGGAGAGAGCUUUUCUCUGAGACGUGCAUUUUGUGAAGGUGAUAAAACCUGUUUCAAAUUGGGAAGUGCAUUUCUUAUUAGAGAUACCAUUAAGAUAUUUCCCAAAGGCCUUCCUGAUGAGUAUGCCAUAGCAGCUAUGUUUCGAGUACGAAGAAGCACCAAAAAGGAACGGUGGUUCCUGUGGCAGGUUUUAAACCAACAGAAUAUACCACAGGUUUCUAUAGUAGUUGAUGGUGGAAAGAAGGUGGUGGAAUUUAUGUUCCGAGCUCCUGAGGGAGAUGUGUUGAACUACAUUUUUAAAAAUCGAGAACUCCGUCCUUUGUUUGAUCGUCAAUGGCAUAAACUUGGCAUUGGUUUACAAUCCCGGGGCAUUUCACUCUAUAUGGAUUGUAAUUUAAUUGCAAGCCGGCAUAUAGAUGAAAAGGACACUGUGGACCUUCGUGGAAGGACUGUUAUUGCUGCACGAGCUUCUGAUGGCAAGCCUGUGGACAUUGAACUUCGCCAAUUUAAAAUCUACUGUAACUCAAACUUCCUAGCUCAAGAAACAUGUUGCGAAAUAUCAGAUACUAAGUGUCCAGAGCAGAAUGGCUAUGGAAAUACUGCAUCAUCACUGUUACCUGCUCACGCCAGUAAAAUGUCUGCCUAUCUCCCAGCAAAGCAGGAACUUCAAGACCAGUGCCAGUGCAUUCCAGACAAGGGAGAAGCAGGAUUGCCAGGAACUCCAGGCUCACCUGGUCAGAAAGGGGAUAAAGGAGAACAGGGUGAAAAUGGUUUACAUGGAGCUCCAGGCUUAGCUGGUCAAAAGGGAGAGCAAGGUUUUGAAGGCAGCAAAGGAGAAAUUGGUGAAAAGGGUGAACGAGGAGAAAAAGGAGAUCCAGGCCUGGCUGGCAUUAAUGGACAAAAUGGUUUGAAAGGUGACUUGGGUCCUCGUGGUCCACCUGGCCCAAAAGGAGAAAAGGGAGAUACCGGACCUCCAGGACCACCAGCCUUAACUAGUUCCCUGGGGAUACAGGGCCCACAGGGUCCACCUGGAAAAGAAGGUCAGAGGGGAAGACGAGGAAAAACAGGUCCUCCAGGAAAACCAGGCCCCCCAGGACCACCUGUGAGUAAACAGUAG